GAUUACCAUGUCCGCUCAAGCAGGAGGAGGCCGGGAUCCCCCCAAACCCAAGGGCAAGACCCUGGGCAGCUUCCUGGGGGCCCUGCCUGGCUUCAGCUCUGCCCGGAACCUGGUGGCCAGUGCUCACGGCUCAGCGAGAGAGGCCCGGCCAGUCGCCGACCCCGCAGGCGCUCCGGCCCCCGCGGCCGCCCAGCCCCAGGCUCAGGCGGCCACCGACGCGGAGCAGACGGCCAGGGGCGCGGAGAAGCUGCCGCCGCCUUCCGACACGACGAUGUCCGAGGCGAAGGACCUGGUGUGCUCCACGAUGACCAAGACCAAGGAUGCCAUCUGCUCUGGGGCGGCCAGCGUGGUGGACUCAGCUAAAGGCAUGGUGCAGGGCGGGCUGGGCGUGACCCGAUCCGCACUCACGGGCACCAAGGAGGCUGUGGCCAGCGGGCUCACUGGGGCAGUGGGCAUGGCCAAGGGGGCCGUCCAGACGGGUGUCGACACCACCAAGACCGUCCUCACAGGCACCAAGGACACAGUGUCCACUGGGCUCACUGGAGCCAUGGGUGUCGCCAAGGGGGCCGUCCAGACGGGCGUCGACACCACCAAGACGGUCCUCACAGGCACCAAGGACACAGUGUCCACUGGGCUCACUGGGGCCGUGGGCAUGGCCAAGGGGGCCGUCCAGACAGGCGUGGACACCACCAAGACCGUCCUCACAGGCACCAAGGACACAGUGUCCACUGGGCUCACAGGGUCAGUGGGCAUGGCCAAGGGGGCCGUCCAGAUGGGUGUCGACACCACCAAGACUGUCCUCACAGGCACCAAAGACACAGUGUCCACUGGGCUCACUGGAGCCAUGGGUGUGGCCAAGGGGGCCGUCCAGACGGGUGUCGACACCACCAAGACCGUCCUCACAGGCACCAAAGACACAGUGUCCACUGGGCUCACUGGAGCCAUAGGUGUCGCCAAGGGGGUUGUCCAGACCGGUGUGGACACCACCAAGACUGUCCUCACAGGCACCAAGGACACAGUGUCCACUGGCCUCACUGGAGCCAUGGGUGUUGCCAAGGGGGCCGUCCAGACGGGCGUGGACACCACGAAGACGGUCCUCACAGGCACCAAGGACACAGUGUCCGCAGGGCUCACAGGGGCAUUGGGUGUGGCCAAAGGGGCCGUCCAGACUGGCAUGGACACCACCAAGACCGUCCUCACAGGCACCAAAGACACAGUGUCCACUGGGCUCACUGGAGCCAUGGGUGUCGCCAAGGGGGUUGUCCAGACCGGCGUGGACACCACCAAGACGGUCCUCACAGGCACCAAGGACACACUGUCCACUGGGCUCACAGGGGCACUGGGUGUCGCCAAGGGGGCCGUCCAGACUGGCGUGGACACCACCAAGACCGUCCUCACAGGCACCAAGGACACAGUGUCCACUGGACUCACUGGGGCAGUGGGUGUCGCCAAGGGGGCCGUCCAGACGGGCAUGGACACCACCAAGACCGUCCUCACAGGCACCAAGGACACAGUGUCCACUGGGCUCACUGGGGCAGUGGGCAUGGCCAAGGGGGCCGUCCAGACGGGCAUGGACACCACCAAGACCGUCCUCACAGGCACCAAGGACACAGUGUCCACUGGGCUCACUGGGGCAGUGGGCAUGGCCAAGGGGGCCGUCCAGACGGGCAUGGACACCACCAAGACCGUCCUCAAGGGCACCAAGGACACAGUGUCCACUGGGCUCACUGGAGCCAUGGGUGUGGCCAAGGGGGCCGUCCAGACUGGCGUGGACACCACCAAGACCGUCCUCACAGGCACCAAAGACACAGUGUCCACUGGGCUCACUGGGGCAGUGGGCAUGGCCAAGGGGGCCGUCCAGACGGGCAUGGACACCACCAAGACCGUCCUCACAGGCACCAAAGACACAGUGUCCACUGGGCUCAGUGGAGCCAUGGGUGUGGCCAAGGGGGCCGUCCAGACGGGCAUGGACACCACCAAGACUGUCCUCACAGGCACCAAGGACACAGUGUCCACUGGGCUCACUGGGGCCGUGGGCAUGGCCAAGGGGGCCGUCCAGAUGGGCAUGGACACCACCAAGACCGUCCUCACAGGCACCAAGGACACAGUGUCCACUGGGCUCACUGGGGCCGUGGGCAUGGCCAAGGGGGCCGUCCAGACGGGCAUGGACACCACCAAGACUGUCCUCACAGGCACCAAGGACACAGUGUCCACUGGGCUCACUGGGGCCGUGGGCAUGGCCAAGGGGGCCGUCCAGAUGGGCAUGGACACCACCAAGACCGUCCUCACAGGCACCAAAGACACAGUGUCCACUGGGCUCACUGGAGCCAUAGGUGUCGCCAAGGGGGUUGUCCAGACCGGUGUGGACACCACCAAGACUGUCCUGACAGGCACCAAGGACACAGUGUCCACUGGGCUCACAGGGGCAGUGGGCGUGGCCAAGGGGGUUGUCCAGACGGGCAUGGACACCACCAAGACCAUCCUCACAGGCACCAAAGACACAGUGUCCACUGGGCUCAGUGGAGCCAUGGGUGUGGCCAAGGGGGCCGUCCAGACUGGUGUGGACACCACCAAGACCAUCCUCACAGGCACCAAAGACACAGUGUCCACUGGGCUCACUGGAGCCAUGGGUGUCGCCAAGGGGGUUGUCCAGACCAGCGUGGACACCACCAAGACGGUCCUGAUAGGCACCAAGGACACAGUGUCCACUGGGCUCACAGGGGCAGUGGGCAUGGCCAAGGGGGCCGUCCAGACGGGUGUCGACACCACCAAGACCGUCCUCACAGGCACCAAGGACACAGUGUCCACUGGACUCACUGGUGCAUUGGGUGUCUCCAAGGGGGCCGUCCAGACGGGCAUGGACACCACCAAGACCGUCCUCACAGGCACCAAGGACACAGUGUCCACUGGACUCACUGGUGCAUUGGGUGUCGCCAAGGGGGCCGUCCAGACGGGCAUGGACACCACCAAGACCGUCCUCACAGGCACCAAGGACACAGUGUCCACUGGGCUCACAGGGGCACUGGGUGUCGCCAAGGGGGCCGUCCAGACGGGUGUCGACACCACCAAGACCGUCCUCACAGGCACCAAGGACACAGUGUCCACUGGACUCACUGGUGCAUUGGGUGUCGCCAAGGGGGCCGUCCAGACGGGCAUGGACACCACCAAGACCGUCCUCACAGGCACCAAGGACACAGUGUCCACUGGACUCACUGGUGCAUUGGGUGUCACCAAGGGGGCCGUCCAGAUGGGCAUGGACACCACCAAGACUGUCCUCACAGGCACCCAGGACGCCAUCUGCAGUGGGGUGACUGGUGCCAUGAAUGUGGCCAGAGGGGCCAUCGAGGGGGGCCUGGACACUUCAAGGGCUGUCCUGACCGGCACCAAAGAUGCUGUGUCCACCGGACUGACCGGUGCCGGCAACGUGGCCCAAGAGGCCGUGGAGACCGGUCUUGGCACUAUCCAGAAUUGGUUACCUGGUUCCCAGGACACCACCCGGCGUGGACUCACCAGUCCCAGGGUCCCGGACAAACGAGGGGAACCCACUACCCCGAGCCCCCAGAAGACUCCAUCCUGCGGGGUCUCCAGCCCCCUGGACACUGUCUGCACAGGCCUGGACCUUGCCGGGGAAGCCACCACCGGCACCAAAGGCCUUGUGUCCACUGUGGCGACAUUCACCGAAGGGGCCACCCUGGGUAGGGAGGCUGCUGGGCAUGUGGCCACCCCAGCCGGUCACGAAGGAGCCACAGGCUUUGCGAUGCUCCGGGACGAGCUGGAGGGCCUGGGGGAGAUCUUCUACCCCAUGGAUGUCGAGGAGCAAGCUCAGCUGGCUGCCUCCCAGCCCGGGCCGAGGGUGCCCGCGGCCGACCCGGCCAGCUACUUCGUGCGUCUGGGUGACCUGGCCCCCGGCUUCCGCCAGCGGGCUUUCGAGCACGCGCUGAGCCACCUGCAGGACGGCCAGUUCCAGGCCAGGGCGGCGCUGGCCCAGCUCGAGGACUCCCUCAGGCUGAUUGAAAAGGCCAAGCAGGUUCCGGAAGGGCAGCCGGGGCUGGAGCCGGGGCCGAGCAGCAGCGCGGCGGACGCCGGGACCCGAGAGGUGCCGGGCGCCGGGACGCUGUCCAGGGCCCGCGGCCUCGUCCAGCAGCUCCACGUGGCCUGCAGCACGCUGGCCUCCGGCCUCCAGGGCCUGCCGGCCGAGCUCCAGCGACGGGUCGGGCAGGCGCGGCGCAGCCUCUGCGAGCUCUAUGGCGUCCUCUCCUCGGCCGGCUCCGCGGCGGAGCUGCCGGCAGAGCGCCUGGCGCAGAGCCGCGAGGGCGUGCGGCGGGCGUGGCAGGGGCUGGAGCAGCUGCUGGAGAGCGUGCAGCACAGCCCCCCGCUCGGCUGGCUGGUGGGGCCCUUCGCCCUGCAGCCCGGCGGGCAGCCGCUGUAGGCCUCCCCGCCCCUGGAGCCCUCCUGGAGCUCUUCCCGGCUCCAAGCAGCUCCACUCCCCGACGCUCCACCCGCAGGAGGGCGCCGGCGGGGUCCCAAGGCCCUUCUGAGUGACGCCACACCACGCGCCGGCCCCGGGCCCGC